AUGGAGUCAAUUCGCCCAGCACUCGCCAGCAUACGGCUGUCAGCGCCCCAGAGAGCCUACAGACCGCUCUACCAAUGUCUACACACAUCAGCCACACGAGGCGCCACGCCGCUGCCUCAUCCAUCCGUUCCCGGGCCACCGCCUGAGACGCCUCAGCCACAGCCAUCAGAUGCAUCCGAACGAGUUGCGAGGAAGAGGAGGCAGGCGGAUAUGAUGAAGCAGGCGCGGGAGAUGCGCGACGUCUACGCCCCCACCAACAACAAGCCCAAGAACAUGCUGGCCAAGCGCUUCUGGAAGGACGUCUCAGUCACGGAAGGCGAGGGCGGCCUUCAAGUCUUCCUCGACCAUCGACCCGUCCGCAUGCCCAACAAGCAGAUCCUCACCGUCCCCGCAUCGAAGCCCCAGCUGGCGACCGCCAUUGCUCUUGAGUGGGAUCUCCUCAUGAGUGCGCAGCAAGCCCUCAAGAACGAUUACAUCCCCAUGACCUCGCUCGCCGCCCGUGCAAUCGAUAUUGAGGCCGCCGAUAGGGAAGAAAGGGAAAACAUUAGGGCGGACAUCCUGAGCUAUCUGAUGCGUGUGCUCGACACGGACACACUGCUCUGCUGGGCGCCAGCAAAGGUCCUGAACGAGACCCUCCAGAACGGAAAGACACUGCGAGAGGUCCAGGAGGAAGUGGCUACAGACAUCAUCGCCUACCUCAAGACACACGUGUGGCCGGGUGUAGAGAUCAAGCCCACACUCGACCCCGAGACCAUCAUCCCCACUGAGCAACCCGAGAUGACAAAGCAAGUCAUUCGCGGCUGGUGCGCAGGUCUUCCAGCAUACGAGCUUGCUGGUCUUGAACGCGCAGUGUUGGCAUCCAAGAGUUUGCUAGUCAGCGUGCGACUGAUCCAUGAAUGGGGCGAAGCAUUUGCGCAAUCGCGAAAGGUCAGUGACGCGCCACGCUUCGGCAUCAAGGAAGCCAGCGAUGCGUCGAGCUUGGAAGUUACGUGGCAAACACAGCAGUGGGGUGAGGUAGAGGACACACACGAUGUCCAGAAGGAGGAUUUGCGGAGGCAGCUGGGAAGUGCCAUCAUCCUUGUGGGUGGAGACUCAGCGUGA